AUGACACUGCAGCCCAAUGUUGACACGAGGCAGAAGCAGCUGGCGGCCUGGUGUUCUCUCGUUCUGUCCUUCUGCAGACAGAGCAAGCUCUUCACGCUGGACGUGCUGGAGGCGCAGGAGAGCGCCGUGUUCAACAACAACAGAAUACACAGAAAACUUUCUGUUGAAGCCAUACAAGUAGUUUUUGAGGAACUGAGGAAAACAGGAAACCUGGAAUGGUUGGAUAAGAAUAAAUCCCGAUGUCUUAUAAUGUGGAGGAGGCCAGAGGAGUGGGGCAAACUCAUUCAUCAGUGGGUUUCCAAAAAUGGCAUGGUCAACUCAGUGUUUACUCUUUAUGAACUCUCUAAUGGAGAUGACACAGAAAAGGAAGAGUUUCAUGGCCUGGAGGACUGGAUGCUGCUGCGUUCACUGCAGGCGCUGCAGGCUGAUGGGAAGGCAGAAAUUAUCUCUAUGGAUGAUGGAAAAGGUGUCAAGUUCUUUUGAAUCAGGCUUUCUGAAGUCAGACUUUGGGGAGUGUUGGGUUUCUAUCAGCCCGGCAUCGCCUCAGUUUUCUCCACUUGGGAUCUUUUACUUGCACUCCGCUACGAAAUCAAGUGGUUAUUUGGCACACAUGAGCCCGAACUAAAUUAAAGGGUCGGUCUUGUUGGAACAAGUUUAAAUCGGUGGUUUUACACCUGACAUUUGAGCCGAAUAAAGUCGUUCCUAACCAUUAAGCGAACAAAGCGACCAAAACUAAGGAAUAUCAGUAUCUUAAUGCAGACCCAGACUAAAUGUGUUUUUGUGUACAUAUGUUUUUGUUCCGCUCCUUUUAUUGCUGUAAAUCCCGAAGGACUCUCGUUCUACUUGAAUAUUAGUUCUGUGUAGAACCACAAAGCUAAAAACCGUCUUCUGAUCUCAGACACGCUUCGUGUUCUCGAGUAAACUUCUGCGGAAUUCAUAUCAACAUUUUGCUGAAAUCUGGCAGCAUUCACUCCUUCCCCGGCUGUCACUGUUCUUCUCACCUUUUAUACCGAUGUAAUACUGUACAAAUAAACGAGGGAGACGUUUUCAGUUCUCUCAAC